AUGGGGUCUUUAGAUUUGUUGGGCGGCCCAGACCCCUUGGACUAUGUUAGCAUGUACAGGAACGUGGGGAGCCCUUCUGCCAAUAUCCCUGAACACUGGCACUACAUCAGCUUUGGCCUGAGCGAUCUCUAUGGUGACAGCAGAGUCCAUGAAUUUACAGGAACAGACGGACCUAGUGGUUUUGGCUUUGAAUUGACAUUUCGUCUGAAGAGAGAAACAGGAGAGUCUGCCCCCCCAACAUGGCCAGCAGAGCUAAUGCAGGGCUUGGCCAGAUACGUGUUCCAGUCAGAGAACACCUUCUGCAGUGGGGACCACGUGUCUUGGCACAGCCCUUUGGAUAACAGUGAGUCAAGAAUUCAGCACAUGCUGCUGACAGAAGACCCACAGAUGCAGCCCGUGCAGACACCCUUUGGGGUAGUUACAUUCCUCCAGAUUGUUGGCGUCUGUACCGAGGAGCUCCAUGCAGCCCAGCAGUGGAACGGGCAGGGCAUCUUGGAGCUGCUGCGGACGGUGCCUGUCGCUGGCGGCCCCUGGCUGAUAACUGACAUGAGGAGGGGAGAGACCAUAUUUGAGAUCGAUCCACACCUGCAAGAGAGAGUUGACAAAGGCAUCGAGACGGAUGGCUCCAACCUGAGUGGCGUCAGUGCCAAAUGUGCCUGGGAUGACCUGAGCCGGCCCCCUGAGGAUGACGAGGACAGCCGGAGCAUCUGUAUCGGCACGCAGCCACGGCGGCUCUCUGGCAAAGACACGGAGCAGAUCCGGGAGACCUUGAGGAGAGGACUUGAGAUCAACAGCAAACCUGUCCUUCCGCCAAUCAACCCUCAGCGGCAGAACGGCUUCACCCACGACCGGGCCCCAAGCCGCAAAGACAGCCUGGAAAGCGACAGCUCCACGGCCAUCAUUCCCCAUGAGCUGAUCCGCACACGACAACUUGAGAGUGUGCAUCUGAAAUUCAACCAGGAGUCAGGGGCUCUCAUUCCCCUUUGCCUAAGGGGCAGGCUCCUGCAUGGACGGCACUUUACGUAUAAAAGUAUCACAGGUGACAUGGCCAUCACAUUUGUUUCCACGGGAGUGGAAGGCGCCUUCGCCACUGAGGAGCACCCUUACGCAGCCCAUGGACCCUGGUUACAAAUUCUGUUGACUGAAGAGUUUGUAGAGAAAAUGUUGGAGGACUUAGAAGAUUUGACUUCUCCAGAGGAAUUCAAACUUCCCAAAGAGUACAGCUGGCCUGAAAAGAAGCUGAAAGUCUCCAUUCUGCCCGACGUGGUGUUCGAUAGUCCACUGCACUAG